GAAAAAGUCAUCCUUGGUGGACCUCCAUUUUUCAGUCUCAAGUUCUCAAGGUACCUUCUUCCAUAACAAAUUAAAAUUAGUCUCAUUCUGAAAAGAAACCUUGGGAUUGAGCUCUCAUCUGCAAUUCAAGUCUGAGUAAAAGCAAUUUAGUCUUCAUUGCCACCAGAGAAAUCAGUGAUAGAUCUACUAUCAGAGAAAUCUUCUAAGAACCUUCUACACACUUAAGGAAAAAACUUAAGCAAGUUUCUGCUAGUAACUUCUUGCUUAGGUGAUCCCAUCGAUAUGUUCCAAUGUUCUUCCAAGCAACAGAAUGAGAAGUUGUAUAACAAGCUUAUAGGAUUUUUGAUAGAACACGUUCUUAAUUGAACUUUCUUCGGUAGAUCAACCCAGCUUUCUCUCUAGGAGGAAAUCUAAAGCCUGGGAUCUUCUCUGCAUACUCGAUCUGGGUGAAAUAAAUUUGGGACAACUUAAAUUACUUUGCUGUCAUGAAUCUACUUCUGAAACUAAAGCAACAGAGAGUUAGAACAUCAUUAACUCUGAAUAAGUGUCUCAGACUUCAAAUCUCUCAUUAUAUCAUAAAAUAUCUCACCUGCUCCACAGCUUGGGUGAUUCAAAGAAAAGAUACUACAUGGAGUGCCCAAAUCAAACAGCUCCAAAUGAGUUUAUCCUUUCUGGGUUUCCAUAUCCACAAGGGUUCAAGCUGCCCUUACUUCUCUUCUUCUUAGUCAUGUUUAUCCUGACUCUUUCUGGAAAUUCCCUCAUCAUUGGAGUGGUGAUCUCUAACCUUCAGUUGCAUAAGCCCAUGUAUUGGUUCCUUUGUCAUCUCUCCAUCUUAGACAUGGCGUUCGCCUCUGUGGUGGUCCCCAAAGUCAUUGCAGGAUUCAUUCCUGGAGGCAAAGUCAUUUCUUUCCUAGGGUGUGUGACUCAACUGUACUUUUUUCAUUUCCUGGGAUGUGCAGAAAGUCUUCUCUACACCUUGAUGGCUUAUGACCGCUUCUUGGCCAUUUGCAAACCACUCCACUAUGGCAAUAUCAUGAACUGGAAAGUGUGUCUCUUUCUCUGCUUGGGUACUGUAAUUGGAGGCAGCCUUAAUUCCACAUUUCAGACUUUCCUUACCUUCCACUUGCCUUAUGGACAGAGACACUAUAUUGACUAUGUCUUCUGUGACAUUCCUGCCAUGCUGAAACUGGCUUGCGUUGAUACAAAACUCAAUGAAUUGAUGAGCUUCAUUGACAUUGGCCUUGUCGCAAUGACCUGUUUUCUGCUUAUCUUAGCAUCCUACGUCUACAUCAUCCUGGCUAUUUUGAAGAUAAGUAGUAGUGAAGGACGGAACAAAGCUUUCUCAACUUGUACUGCCCAUCUUAUUGUGGUGGGCAUCUAUUACCUGCCUGUGAUAUAUCAUUAUCUGAGACCAGCUUCUCAGGGCUCCAUGGAUGGUGCAGUGAGCGUGUUUUACACCACAGUAACCCCUUUGUUGAAUCCAUUGAUAUACACACUUAGGAACAAGGAGAUGAAGACUGCACUGGUGAAAUUGUGGAGAGGAAAUGCAGAGUAGCCAGCAGCAAGUAAACAAACUCAUUUUUCCUUUAUUCUUCUAUUAUCAGAUGUCACCUGAAUGAAAAGUGAGCACAACCACCUAGAACUGUGAUUGUACUCAAUGCCUUUGGCGUGUCCUCCUCACAGAUUGUGUCAAUCCCAGAUUUUGGGUUUAUACUGUGCUCCAGAGAAAGUUUGCUCAUCUGAUAUUAAAGACACUAAAGAAUUCCAUUUCCAGUGGGAGGGUUUUUUGUGUACAUUGUGUAAAUUACCAUUUCCCCAUUGAAGCUGAAUUCUUCACAAACUCUCAUUCUCAAAUUAAAAUACUUUUGUUGGA